AUGGGAGAGAAAAAGAAAAAGAAAACAGACGCGGUUGUCGAAGCAGAAUUUAAAAUUUCAAUGUAUUGCGAAGGAUGCGAAAAACAAAUUGCCAAGACCAUAUCCAAAAUCAAAGGGGUUGAAGAAUUUAUGACGGAUAUGAAUAAACACAGAGUGGUAGUAAAGGGUCGAAUCAAUCCAGAUAAAGUGUUGAAGAAACUUAAGAAGAAGACCGGAAAGAAAGUAGAAAUGUUGACUAAAAAAGAAGAUGCUAAGAAGAAAUCUGAAGAAAAAGAAGGGGAUAUACAAUUGAAACCGAGUCCAAAGGAAAUUGCAGAUGCUUUGAUGCUUGAAUUUUGUGGAGAUAGUGUGUUGUAUACCAUGUUUAGCGAUGAGAAUGCAAAUGCAUGUUCAAUUAUGUAAACCUAUUCUUUUUGGACGUGAACUAAUAUUUCCUCAGAGCAUUAUUUAGGCUGUCUGAUCCAUUAAUUUUGUCCAAAAGGUUGUCAUCAUAAUUCACAUCACUCGUAGUUAAGAGAAAAAUGUGUAGAGUUGCAUGCUUAACCCAACGUUUUCUAAAGUUUUUUUUUUUUUUUUUGUAUUCUACUUGGUAUUUCGUAUAAUUUGCAUCGAAACUUCGAUUAAUCAGGAGUUGUGUCACAUAAAGCCUAUUAGAAAAACACUUUCUACCGGGAUUUUUACUAAAGUUUAUAUCACCCGGUAAGUUUAGAAAUGUGUAAAGUUGUUAAAAUCCAACCUAUGCAACAAGAAAUCACUGUUCCAUUGAUGUAUUUAUAAUUAGGUUAAUUUGUUUUCAAUGUAUUUCCUAGAUCUGUUUUACAUUUGAGCAGAGUACUAUUUCAGUUAUCAUUUCA